AUGAACACUGAGGACAAGUUGGAUGGGAUGCUGCUGAAAUGCAGCAGCGGAGGGAUAGAUGGCAGAGGAAGAGUCUGUUUGGGCACUGGGGGACUGGUGGUGAUGACCCUCGGGGAGAGAUCGCUUGCAAACCAGCCCCUUUUGGCUGAGGAUGAUGACGAUGAAGGUGACGAGGACUUGACUGGAGGUUCGCUGGUUACACAUGACCUGGUCCCUCCACAGCAGCUGAUGAUGCCGGAGGAGGUGACAAAGAACGGCGUGGAAGGAUUGGAAGAGGAGGGAGGAGGCGAGGUUGGAGUCAACUUCCCCCUUAAACUCAACAAGUUGUCCUACUCGCUUCAUAUGCCACUGAACAUCAAGCAGGAGCUGAAGCUGUCUGACCCUGGAGUCCAUAUAAAGAAGGACAAAAAAGCAAUUAAGGACAUGACUGUGUACCCCAAGAAGAAAAAAAGGAAGCAGCGCUCGCCUGCAAAGAUCCUGGACAUGAAUGAUGAUGGAUCUGUUGCCAUUCCUAACCCAAAGUGUCAUGUUUGCCCUCAUUGCAACGCUGCAUUCAGAACCAAUUACCAUUUGCAGAGACAUGUCUUCAUUCAUACAGGUGAGAAGCCGUUUCAGUGCAGCCAGUGUGACAUGCGGUUCAUUCAGAAGUAUCUCCUGCAGAGGCAUGAGAAGAUCCACACUGGUGAGAAGCCUUUUCGCUGCGAUGAGUGUGGGAUGAGAUUCAUCCAGAAGUAUCACAUGGAGAGACAUAAGAGAACUCACAGUGGAGAGAAGCCCUACCAAUGUGACUACUGUCACCAGUACUUCUCCAGAACGGACCGGGUUCUAAAACACAGGCGAAUGUGUCAUGAAAACAGAGAGAGGAAGACGAACAAGGCUGCCAAUAAAAUGGGACCUCUGCGUGACGGCGAUUCCUCAGGGUCUCCCUUUCUCUCCAAAGAGUGCUCUCUACCCAAGAAAAAGCGCCAAAAAUGUGCAGAAAAGAGCUCAGGCUCCGCCAGUACCGCCCUGACAGAAGGGCAUGUUUUCACCGCUGAAGAAGCGCAGGAGAAAGAGGGGCAGAGUCGGGAUAAAAUCGAAGCUCCGUGUAUAUUUGCUGUGUCAUCCAAGGUCAAACAUGAGUAUGUUUUACCUGACUAUUCGGUGGAACUUCCUGAGGAAACCGCCAGCCAAAACGAAGACGAGGACGUUUCAUCAGAGGACACAACCCCACCAAAAAUAGUCCUAAAGAAAAUCCCCAAGAGAAGCCUUAAGCAGCCCAGCGAGCAAACCCCUCCCUGCCUGUCUUCCUCUCUAUCCUCCUACGAGGAAACCGAUAAGGUACCUCAGUUUACCUUUGAAAUUGUGGACAAGCAGGGUCUUUUAGACGUGGAGAGCAACACUGACCUGGAAUCAGUCGAACCUCUUCAAGGCGGGGCGCCCAAACCAGCCAGCAGCACAAACUACGACGACGCCAUGCAGUUUCUCAAAAAGAAGCGUUACCUUCACGCCGCCAUGGCCAACAACAGCCGGGACUACGGCCUGAACGCGAGCACCAUCCCCUCCCAGCCGUCUGUCACCCAAACGGUGGUGUCCGCCGUCAUCGAUGAAACUGUCCCCGCCACCAUCCUGGAGCCCCAGCCCAUCAGCACGGAGAUCAAGGCGGCUCACGAGAAAAACGUUCUGCCUGAUGAGGUUCUUCAGACGCUGUUGGAGCACUACUCUAACAAAGCAAACGGCCAAUCAGACAUUUCCUUCACUGUGGCUGAUACAGAAGUGACUUCCAGCAUAUCUAUUAACUCCUCCGACGUUUCUGAGAGCAGCCCUGUGGAGAGCAUGGGAUCCUCCGGCGCCCAGACUCAGCCUCCCACAGAGAAGGUCAGCCUCCUGCAUGAAUACUCUAAAUUUCUCCAACAAGCUCUGGAGAGGACCAGUCAGAACGACAGCUACUUAACCAGUCAGAGCCUCAGCCUGGUCGCUGAAAACCCCACCUUAGCGGGGCAGCCGCUGUUCUCCAAUGAGAAGCAUUUCUCUUCGCCCAGCAGGUUCAAAUCAGGGAUGAGCUCUCCAUUAAGGUCCACGUUGGAAAAACCUCACUUCGGUUUACUGGUCGGAGACUCCCAGCACUCGUUUUCAUUUUCAGGUGACGAGACCACCCCGCCGUCCGCCGUGUCUCCAGCAGACGAGGACUUCCUGGAGCAGGUCUCGCCCUCCAAGAAGUCCGACUCCACGCAGGGGAUACUGCAGACUUUCCAGAUCAACUCCUUUGAUCAGAAUUUCAAAUCACAUUUCCAGGCGACGAGACCGGCGUCGUCGCCGCAGUUCACAAUCGCCAACGGACAAAUGGGGGUCCGAGGACACGGCACGGACUUCUCAGAGUUCCCUUUAGUUCGAGUCACCGAGACUAGGGUUCAAUUGAACUCGUCCCCUGACGUUUCAACCAGCGAAUCCUUUGGCUGAAGAAAAAUAAAACAACAGGGAAAGCAGUCAUUUGUUCGUUUUAGCAGCACUUUAUUUCAUCAGUCUUGUUUUGCCAAAACUAUUCCCAACACAAUCAUGUUUUCUUUCCUAAAGGGGUCUGAAAAAUACUCAUGUAUGUUUUUUUUGUUUUUACUUCAACCUCUCUUUACAUACUAAGAGGAACAACUCGUAACGAGAAGCAUUUCUCCACUUGAUUCAAAGCAGUACUUGUUCUGGAAUGUACACUAGGAGGUUAAGUGACCAAAGUGUAAUUAUACCCGUAUCUUUGCCGCCGAGAGUUUAUUUAAUAGGGGUGUCGGUUUGCCUUGCUUGAAAAAUAAUCAACUCACCUUUUGCUGCUUGAUGCAAUAUUUCCACUUUUUAUACACCAGUCAGCCGUUAAAUUAAGUCAGAUAAGUGAAGGUCCCUCGAUUGUUGGGAGUUUUCUUCAGUAUGUGUAGAUCUAGAGGCUCUCAGAGCGUUUGUUUCUCUGGUUUGGGGGUGGGGAGUUAACACACAGGUGCAUCUCAGUUUGUUAAAAUAUCAAUGAAAAAUUUAAUAACUGUAAUUCAGAAAAUGAAUCUUAGAAAGCGCGUAUUUAUUCCACAGUGAUGCAUUUUUGGUAUUUAUUUCUGUGCAAAGAUAACCAUGGCUCACAGGGGAAAAAUAAAGAUUCGUCAGCCUUUUUAAAGGGACAAUCUAUUCACUUGGUAUAUUUUGCCCCAUAUUACAGACUAAUCGGCUAAAAUAAGGCUUCUAUAUGGCAGCAAAAAGAAAGAAAUAGUUUUACCAGAUCUGAUUACCACUGCACUUAUCAUCUGGAAUCAUUUAUUUUCUUCCUUCCACUCAAUUUUCCAUUAACAUGGUUUGAUUACUGAACCAUAUAGAACCAGUCAGCCUAGUUAGUAAUGACUUUUUAUGUUUUACUCCUCUUAUAGAGGAUAUAAAGGACUGUUCCAGGCCCACAGUCUUUUUACGGUAUUAUAAGCUGCUGUGACCAUAACAUUUCUGCAUUAUAAAUCUUUACAUUGCUCUAGUACAACAUUGUGAUUGUCUGCCAUGAUCACUUGAAUUAACAGAAUCAGUCUAAAUAGUGGAGAUAUUGAUUUUUAGAGCCAAAUUACUGAAUAAAUCAACUUGUUGCUGUAUUUUAAUUGACUGAGAUGCUUCUGUGGUGCUGUAACAUUAAUGUUGCCCAUUCUGGGUGACGGGGUUCAUAAUAUUACAGCUGAUUGUUGUAUGGUUGUAUUUAACGGGCGCCUCUUAUUUUCUUUCUUUACCUACCUCCCCUUGAUGCUCAUCUACAAACUCCCUUUAUUUUAGCUCUUGAAAUAAUCAAAAAUGGCACAAUUAUUCUUUUUGUUUGAGUCACUUUAUUCUCAUCUAACUCGGAUGUGUGAAACUUAUGGUACAGGACUUACCUACUUCAUUUCUUGAAUAAAUUGAAGCCCAAUUUGGUUGAUUUAACGACCAAAUGUAAAAUCCUGAUAGAUCUAGUUGAGGUCUUAAAAUCGUACUUUUUAAAUCUCCCCAUUUGCCUCUACAAAGGCUCAUCUGUGCUCUUAACGAGCAUGUUUCUGUCUCACUUUAUGAAAUGAUUUAGGCCUGGCAGAGCUGCACACAUUGAAGUGUUUGCAGGAUAAUGUUUUAAACUUUGUUCAGAUGGUAUUAAAUCACUUGUGCUUAGUCUACGCACCGUUUGCACACUACAGCGAAUGUAGGAUGUAAAGUCACUGCUAUAGCUACCUUUCUGAGACCUAAUGGAAACUUUUGCCAUUUAUUUAAUUCUAGACAUCCUUUUUGCCUCAUUGUAAAGGGCGAAGGUGUUUGGGUUUAAGUGGCGUCUAAAAACAUUGGCAACAAUUUUAUUUCACUAUUGUUGGUCUACGGUUGAAUUAAUUUAGCUUCUGUGCCUUUCUGUUCUUUUUCAGCACUUCGUUUUCCUCAUUCCUGUUAAUCAUUUUGUCUUUUUACUUACUGCGCUCUAAGGCUACCAAUUCCUCUUGCACAAUAAUCACAAACUCAUAAGCUAUCAACUUAAUUUUUUUACUGUAUUGUGAUAAACUUGGAGCUUUAUUUGAUUUGCUUUGUCAUGUUUUUGUUGUUUUUAGUUUCUAAAAAAAGAAUUUAAUGUUUCAAACUAUUGAGAGCAGAUGGCAUUUAUUCAGUUUUAUGAUUUUUAUUGGCUCCAGAGACUUAGCUACAGAUCAGGUCUUAUGGAAACCAUGCAAUUGCAAAUAUGUGACUGAUGAGUGGGGUCCCUUUUCUACCCUUAUGUUAUUAAUUGUACAUACACGUCUUUAUGAUUUGUGCGUGCACCAUCCGGUUCGGGAAUGUUUUAAAGCUCCCUCUUGUUACAUCUUCACCGACAAUCAGGGACACAGGCGCCACAUUAAGCAUUUAAUUUUCCUCAAGAAUGUAUAAAAAUGAUCCUGCUGUAAA